AUCUGGAAGUCGCCUUUUCCUUUCUCCUCCUUCUUCAUCUUCAUCUUCUCAACACCUUCUCGACACCUUCUUCAUCUCCAUCUCUCUCCCCUUUUCGUCCUCCCUCGCUUUUCCGUCUCCGUGUGGAAGCAAGGACGUGGAAGCUUUCCCCGGGGAGGACGAGGAGGACGAGGAGGACGAGGACGAGGAACAAAAAUGGCGGACAUAGCGCAUCCUCCGAUGGACCAGCUCCAGGACCUCGAGUACUGCAUCGACUCCAACCCUCCCUGGGCUGAAACUGUCUUAUUGGCAUUUCAGAAUUACAUUCUGAUGCUGGGAACCAGUGUAAUGAUCCCUUCAAUGCUUGUGCCAAUGAUGGGAGGGAGUGAUGGUGACAAGGCUCGAGUGAUACAAACUUUGCUCUUUGUUGCUGGCAUUAAUACACUUCUCCAGGCACUUUUUGGAACAAGGCUGCCAGCAGUAGUUGGAGGAUCCUUUGCAUAUGUUAUUCCUAUCGUUUACAUCAUAGGCGACUCAAGACUGCAGAAGAUCGAUGAUCCUCAAGAAAGAUUUCUGCAAACAAUGCGUGCAAUUCAAGGAGCUCUCAUUGUGGCUGCUAGCAUACAAAUUGUCUUGGGUUACAGCCAAGUUUGGGGUCUCUUCUCACGUUUUUUCAGUCCUCUUGGUAUGGCACCCGUUGUGGGACUGGUUGGACUAGGGUUGUUUCAAAGGGGAUUUCCCACGUUGGGCCAGUGUGUGGAAAUUGGGAUACCCAUGCUGCUGAUGGUCAUUGGAGUGUCACAGUAUCUAAAGCACGUAAGACUAAUGAGAGGUCUCCCUAUCUUCGAGCGAUUCCCUGUACUGAUUUGUGUCGCAGUCAUCUGGCUCUAUUCGCUUAUCUUGACCGCCAGUGGGGCUUAUCGAGAUAGGCCGGCCAUAACUCAACAAAGUUGCCGUACAGAUAGGGCGAACCUUAUAUCUACUGCUCCAUGGUUUAAAUUCCCUUACCCUCUACAAUGGGGGCCACCAACUUUCUCAGCUGGCCAUUCUUUUGCAAUGAUGUCUUCAGUUCUUGUGUCAAUGGUUGAGUCCACUGGUGCAUACAUGGCAGCUUCUCGGUUGGCAAUUGCUACUCCACCUCCGGCUUAUGUAUUGAGUCGUGGCAUUGGCUGGCAGGGGAUUGGAAUCUUACUAGAUGGUCUUUUCGGAACUGGCACUGGCUCUACAGUUUCUGUAGAGAAUGUGGGACUCCUUGGACUAACACGGGUUGGAAGUCGGAGAGUUGUGCAAUUAUCUGCUGCCUUCAUGAUAUUCUUUUCCAUCUUAGGCAAAUUUGGAGCUGUAUUUGCAUCCAUACCCUUCCCAAUAUUUGCUGCGUUGUACUGUGUUCUCUUCGGCCUUGUAGCUUCCGUAGGAUUGUCUUUCCUUCAGUUCACAAACAUGAAUUCUAUGAGGAACCUCAUCAUUACUGGACUCUCACUCUUUCUUGGGAUAUCCGUUCCCCAAUUCUUCUAUGAAUACUGGACUCCCAAUCGCAAGGGCCUUGUUCACAGUAAUGCUGGAUGGUUCAAUGCAUUUCUUAAUACCAUAUUCUCGUCCCCGGCAAUGGUGGGCUUGAUCGUCGCUGUCUUCCUCGACAACACGCUGGAAGUCGAGAGGUCGAAGAAAGACCGUGGGAUGCCCUGGUGGGUGAAGUUCAGGACGUUCAGAGGAGACAACAGGAACGAAGAGUUCUACACACUACCAUUCAAUCUGAACAGAUUUUUCCCUCCCACUUAA